AUGACACACAUUGCCAACUGCAUGCGGGCCAGCGCCAUGGGUAAAGGCCAGGUCUAUUUAUCUGACGAGAUGUCCUCCGGUGCCAUAACUGUGAGUCUAGGCCUCGAUUCGCUGGUUUGUCUGUCAAUUGCUACCUCGCCGGACUUUGCUGAUCCGACCCUCCCCAGCACCUCGACGCGCAAGGGCGCCCCGAAAUACCAGCUUUGGCCUUCCAGCUCCAGCAAGAGCCCGACCUACCAAACCCGACCCACCUUCGCCCAGGAAAAGGCAAUGGCUCUUUCCGUAAAACGUUCCGCGACCGCAAUGGGCGACGCCAUUGUUACCGCCGAUGCCUCGGGCUCUCGCAACAGACAUGGUUCGAUUUCGAGGAGGCGCAAAGUCAGCGUUCCGGAAUUGCAGCCGCCUCCUCCAAUGACCACUCUGCGGGAGAACUGCAUGGAUUCUCCCACGAUUCCGGGAAGGCCUCCAAUCGCAAGGCCAGUUUACGAAACGACCCACGAGAGAUCUCCUAGCGCACCUGUACAGCCGGGCGCUGGUUGGAGGGCAAACCCCUUUGGCGAUGCGAUGACCUCUUGCAUUACUGGACCGGCGCCUGUUGCUGCGAAAAAGCCUUUGUCGCCCUUGUCGCAGGGCACCGAGCCGACUCAAGAGGUUGAGCUCAACUUACCCCUCCUUAGGCCCUUGUCGCCCAUCUUGAGCCCGACGACGACCGAAAAGCCCAAGCUGCAAGCCAACACAAAUGUUCCUGCCGCCGACGACGACGGUGAUAUUCCUCCCGCGGUUCCUCCGAAAUCCCCCUCGCUUUUCAAGAAAUCUCCGAUUUUCCGCCAGCAAGCUCGGAACGAUUCUGGUGUCGCUUGUGCUCCGAUCAACGAGGUGCCACCAAUGCCGACGAAACCGGUCACCGGAAAUGCCGACUGCUCUUCUCCGGAAGCAUUGCAAAAGGGUGAGAUCCGGAGGAUUCACAGCAGGAAGUGCUCGGAGGAAAGGCCAAAGCCCACCGAAGACAAGCACAAGGGCCUCAGGAAGAUGUGGUCUGAUCAAUCGCUCAUUGACCGGGGACGGCCUGUCGCGAGGUCUCAGCGCCUGCCUCAUAGUCGCAAGGGCUCGUCGACCAGCUCGUCGGAAAAGGACAAUGGAGACACGUGGAAACUGCCGAGGGGCCUCCCAACCACGGAAGCAGCGACAAAAUACCCGACCAAGGACAGGGAACGGCUGCGGACCAAGGCGUCAUCCCAGGCGGAGAAGUUCGAAGUUCUCACCUCGAGGGAUGUCAACUCCCUCACGAAGGAACUCGAGGCGCUGGACGAGAGAUGCGAGUAUCUGCGUAGAACUUACAAGUCGCUCCGCGAGGGCCGGCAGAAGCUCCACACGCGGAUGAUCUCAUAUCUGAAGCGGAGCGACGCUGUGGUCUUCUCACGGGAGAACUUGCUGAAGCAAGAGGAAGCCCUCAUCGAGCUGGACCUCUCUAUCGACGACUGGACGGUCAAGAUCGAGCAAGCGGAGAACCGGAGACACCGCAUUCGUCACAAGCUGCUGGAGCACGUGGCAGCUGCUGUGACGCUGCCGCAGGUUCCAUAUCCCGGCGGAGCUGCCGAGGCCACGCCUCCUCGUAGCCCUGUAAAGGACGAGAAAGCUGACAGCCCACCACCCCGCAUCGAACGUAAAGAUGUCGAGUCGAUUAAAAUUUAUGCCGAUGGCGACGUCCUGAGCCUGUUUUCGGACAUCGAGCAAGCCAUUGGAAGGAUGUGCGAGCAUGCCGAAUAA